AUCCAACCGCGUCCAUCAAAUACUGUGCAUCCUAUACAUACUUGAUCCCUUGCGCAAAUAAUUCUACAAUUCGAGAAACAAUACAGCACACACUUGCUUUGCGAAUAUUUUCACAAAUUAUUCUAUUAUACUAUUAUCAAUCUAUCUUCUUUGAUCGGCUUUAUUAGUUGCAUUUGCGACACCAACUAUCACUGCCUUGCACAACUUAGUUCGAGAUCUUGAACUUGCUUUCAGGAUGGUCUCUGCCAGGAAGCGUGGAAGGCAGGAGAUGGAAACCAGCGAGAUUCCACAGGAGCCGAGUAUGAUUGAUCGACUUAGGAAUAUGUGGGAAUUUGCAAAUCUUGCGCAAUGGAUUUUCAUCUUUGGCAGAACUGUCAAAAUCGAUGAGAAUAUUGGAAUCGAGGUAAGAUUUCAGCCUUCCCUCGAGCCUUAUCCAAAUACUACAUCAAUAUUAAAUACUCAUUGUAACAUGAUAGGAACUUGAGUUGGAAUGUUCGAAAACACACUCGACUGUCCUGCCAGAGAUUGGCCUUGCGUUAUUAAAAUUCGUCUCUUCUCAUCGAGGACUAACGUAAGUUAACUCCUUCGAUAUAUUAAUUCUUUAUCAAACGCUUGGCCUAAUUGACUCCAAUAGGCCUGAGAUUUUCGAUGAAUAUACAAGAAGACAAUAUGUUGCCAAAGCACCUGAGCGCAAUCCUUAUGGUACUGAAGAGGAACCUGCAAAGUUCGCAGACUUCGAUGCUUUUACUAAGGCAAGCACUUACCGACUUAUAUCGUCUGCUUUUGUUAACAAUUAUACAGAUUCGCAUUUUGCAACAACUUACUCAAUGGACUAUGAUCAGCCCAGAACGUAUCCGUGAGAGAAUGGAAGAAACCAAGGAUAUUGAGCAGACCUCUUGGGUAAGCAACAAUUUUGUUCAACGCUGAACUUUAUUAAUUUCUUGGAAUAGCGCAUUGAACCUUGUGGAUGGGACUCAGAUGAUCGCGAAUACUAUGUACUAGAUGACAAUCGACUUUAUCGUCGUACCGAACCUCCUCCGCCACCUCCACCAGCUGCAACAUACAAAAAGAACUCAAAGAAGGGCAAGGCAGCUGCAAGAGCAAGUAAACGAAGAAAGACAACAGACACAGUCGAGAGUGAAGCCGAAGGAUCAGCAGAAGUUCCAAUAGAAGAGAAUAUUGAUGAUGGGUUUGGAGGAGCAAAGUGGGAAUGCAUUGCUGUUUCGUUCGAAGAUUUCACCGCAUUUGCGGCAUCAAUGGAGAAAACCCGGGACCCAAACGAGAAGAUUCUACGAAAGCGUAUUGUUGAUGAUGUUUUACCACUACUGGAAAAACAAGAAGAAGCCCGAAAGCGCAAGGAAGCACAAAAGCAGCGCGAGUUGAUCAAUAUUGAAAAGUUGGCCACGGCAAAGAGAUCUAGUAGAAUUGCUGGCAAGAUGGAGCAACAAAAGCAAGAAGAAGAACUCAGAGAGGCUGAACGUAAGAAGCAACAGGAUUUAGCAAUGGCAAAGAAAGAACAACAGAAAUGGCUUAAGCUGGAGAAAGAAAGAGAAACACGAAUGAUGACUAGGGAACAGCGAGUAAAGGAAAGAGAAGCACGUCGCAUUCUUCAUGAAGAAGAAUUGGCCAAUCUUUCCGAGGAUAGUAAGAAGGUGGGAUCAGGCGAAGGUCGUCUCUCUGAACGUCAUCUGAAGGCCGAAAUCGAAAGAAAGAAGCAGGCGCUUGAGCAACUCAACGAGGAAGAUGAUUGGAUUUUUGACUGCAUUUGUGGUGCUUAUGGGCAAAUAGACGAUGGUACCCACAGCAUUGCAUGUGAGAAAUGUAAUAUUUGGCAGCACAGCAAGUGCGUUGGAGUUAGUGAAGCUGAGGCUGAUCGCGAGGACUUUGAAUUUAUCUGCACUACCUGCAAACGUCGUGCCGAAGACGCGGAGAAAGCCAAAAAUCAGCCACCAAUCAAGAUCAAACUCGGUCGACCUGCAUCUUCAUCUUCGCCAGUACCAUCCAAGCAAAAUGGCGUCUCAAAUAUAGACAAUGAAGCUAUGUCAAAUGGUAAAUCAUCAGCACCUCCUGCUUCACCACAGAAAGCAUUACCCAAGAUGCAUCUAUUCUCUACAACAAACGGAGCACGUAAGUCAGCACAAUCAUCAAAGGUUUCUUCACCUCAGCGUCAAAGCAAUACCGGUAAUCGACCGCCUCCUAUCUUACCACCGAAGUUCACCAAUAGAAAUGAGCGUGCAGGUUCUCCAGUCGGUAAAACCGACGUUAGGCAAUCCAUCGAAAUCUCUACGGGAGGAAGUCCAUCUCUGCCAAGACACAAUGGCUUAGCUAACAGUAAUCCCUUUUCUUCACCUGUUCCUCACAGCCCAACAUCUCUCCCACCUCCAAAGAACUUGACAACAAACGGUGCUCGGUACAACCGAUCUCCCUCUAAGCAUCAAAGCUCACCAAUAUCAUCGCCGAUUCAACAAAGUUUGGAAUUGCCUGAUCUCAAAAAUAAUGGAGAUGUACCAACACAACCACUUAAUGGUCUCCAUCGAGAGCAAAAUGAUCGUCGUAGCUCAUUCAACUUUUCGUCACCACUUACAGGAGUUCCAGUAUUGACACCAUCUCAAAAGAAUGGGCCCAUACCAAGCUCAUCUUUUGAGCAAAAUGGUCAUGCCGCUACACCAAGUGGGACUUCAAGAUUCACUAUGAUAACUGCAUCAUCUCCAGGAUUGGAUCAAGAUCCACUUGACCCAGGUCAUGCAUCAGCUUUGCCCUCUUCAAUUAGUGGAAUAUCUCCUACUAAACAUUCUCCCCCUCGUCCAGCAUCAAAUGGCACAUCAACUCCCGCCAUUCUCCCUCCAAUCGCUCCAUUAACACCAAGUCCACGAUCUCAAAACCUUACUCCGCCGAUAAAGCCGUUGGGGCCACAAUUGAGUAAAAGAACUGCUCCUUGAACGUCAUAAUUCUGGAUAAAACUUUCCAAUAUUGGGCCACAACAAAAAUUCGGAACUCAGUUUGUAGUUAAAUAACCAAAAAUGGUCUUGUCUUUCCGGGCCACUCUUGUGCCACUUAUUUCCUGCAAUUGCCGAUCAUGUUCGGUCUUGCAUUGUACUAACUCAUAUGACAUUCAUCUAUGCUAGAUUCAUGCGAGAAUUUUCUCAAUUUCUUCGUGCAUUACAUUUUUUUGGGCGUGGCGUUAGGAUAGGAGUAUUAGAGGGAGAUAAAAUAGCGAAUUUGCAUAUUUUGAGGAUGAGGAUGAAGGAUGAGAUCCUUCGUUCUGGAGUGGAUGGAUGUAUGGUUUGUGUAAGAGGGAUGUAUUGGUGAUAUCGAAUGAAAGGAAUAGAUGCACAACCGCAUCUUUACCCAUGGCUUUGUCCUGGUUGAUAGAUAGGGCUGGGUCUUGGGGAAGACGCAGGGUAUGGAGAAUGAGAAGUGGAUCGUAGAGGAAAUUCUAGAAUUAACUAAGAGUUGGUAGUAGAGGGAAAAACUAUUAGGUGUACAAAAUGCUAGAUGAUGAGGUUAUAAAUAUCAAUUACAUUCAAUAGUAUC